AUGUUCGUUACCUACUCUUGUCCCCUUUUCCUUCUGUCAGACCUGGUGCCUGGCGCAUGGUGGGGGGCAAGGCCGGUCUCCCGUCUUGCACUGACCAUGUCAAAGCAAUCACAUCCCGAUGUUCCUCCAUUAACCUUCUUCGACACCCAAGAUUUCGGGAUAGACUUCCCAUGUGACUCGGCGGCUUCCUCGUUGUCGUCGUUCUCGCCUAUCUCCUCGGCCGGUAGCUCAUUCGGCCCCCCCACGACAGACGCAUGGGCUGCUCGAGAUUCGCUACAGCACUCCCAGCCCGAGAAGCUUUUCGAGCCCCCAAUGUUUGAUUUGUGCCCACCGCCGAAUGCCAACCCCAGCUCGGUGAUCAACCCCUUCGGCCUCACUGUCCCGCCCUCCUUGAAGCCCCCCCAAGUGAUGUUGGCCACCAUCCCCGGCCAGCAACAACCUACCACAACCGCGCCCUCUACAUCUCCCAUACGGCCCACAACAUGCCCCUCGGCUAGCAUGGCCGCCACUAGGCGCUACCCAUUCCGCAGGCUCAAGCGCAAGUCCACCAACGACCCAUGUGACUCGGAGCCCCCUCCCAAGUCAGCCGCAAUACCACCCCCGCUCAACACAUCAACAAGAACCCGCCAAUCCUCCACCACGAGUGUGACCCCCAGAUACAAACCCGUCACCCCGGUCACCCCGGUCACCCCUGGCACCCCUGACACCCCUGGCACUCCCGACCUUAAAAGGACAGCCCACAACGCGAUCGAAAAGCGUUACCGCACCAACAUGAACGACAGAAUCGCCCAGCUGCGCAAUGCCGUGCCCGAACUGCGCCGGCUGGCCCAGCAGCGGUCGACGGUGGCAAAAGGCACCGAGGGGGACGAGGGGGACGACAGGAGAGCGGGGCUAACCGGGAAGUUGAACAAGGGCAUUGUCCUGACCAAGGCGACUCAGUAUAUUUUGCAGUUGGAACGGAAGAUUCAGAGGUUGGAGGCCGACAAUAGGGCAUUGAGGGGGCGGACCGAGUGGUUGGAAGCCAGCAAUGGGGCGUUGAAAGCGCAGAAGGAGGGGCUGCAGAUGGCGUUGAUGGGUGGGGCGGCGGCUGUGGGAGAUGUUGGUGUGGGUGUUGGUGGUGUUGUUAGUGUUAUGGAGGAGGGGUGGAUGCAGGUUUUGGAGGGUUGCAAUUAA